AUGUCGCAUCGUCCACAGAGGGCUGCCGCAGUGCAAGCCAACAAAGCCACCAGCGCUGCUCUAGCCCCUGCACGCCGACGCAGCGAUUCGCAAGCCAGCAUCAAGACCAUUACUACCCCGCAGCAACACUUCAAGGACGAGGACCGGCGGUACGACGGUCUUUGCUCGCCUUCGAUGGACAUUGUCAUGCAACGGUCGAGCCAUCAGGAUCUGCGUCGGUUUGAUGUAGGCAGUGUGCCGUCGGCAGCUGCUGCUGUGCACGACGAAGGGAGAUCUUACGGAGGCAAUGCUAUGCAGAUGUACUGGCCUCAGGACGAGCCUGCUGUGGGCGGCGCGGGGCAGCCGCACGCCUCGGGUGGCGGGGCCUAUGAUCCGCAGCAGCUGUGGGGAGAGCCGCAGCAUGCUCAGCAGCACUCGCUAUCGCACUACGACCAGGUCCCCAAUCACGGAAUGUUUGACCUGCACUAUGGCUACUCGGCCCAAAGCAACUCGCUCGGACUCAAAGGCGAGUCGGGCCUCAACGUUGGGCUUGAAGGCGAUCUCGAUUUGAGCGGCGACCAUGCGCAGCGCGAGCAGCGAUGUCUCGCUCCAUCCACAUCGGAAGCCAUGGCACUCCUCGACAACUUGCCCUUCAAAGCAAGCUCCAGCGCGGACGAUAACGACUCGUACGAGGACAGCACGGACUCGGACCUGCCGCCGGAGAAACGCAAGCUCUCGGCCGCUUUUCGCCCGCGCGGCCGCAAGAAGCGCAACAAGUGCACUCCUGACCAGCUGCGCAGUCUCGAGGCGUUCUUCGACAAGAACCGCAACCCUACGGGGCGGGUGCGUCUCGAGCUGUCGCGCAAGCUGCGCAUGCCCGAACGCAGCGUGCAGGUGUGGUUCCAGAACCGCCGUGCCAAGGUCAAGACUGUCGAGCGGCGGGGUGAUACCGGCUCGGACACGGGUAGGAAGAAGAGCUGCAGCAUCCGGUUGAGCGAAAGGGACGCGCUCAAGUCGGCAGCUGGAUCCCACGGAAGGAUGACUCGCAACCAGGCGGCGGCGGCGGCGGCGGCGGAGGCGGAUCAGAAGCCUUCGGUGACGGCGAUCCCGACGUCGGCGCUUUGCAUUGGGACGUGGCGACGCGUGUCGCCGCUGAUCUGCUUCUUCUCGCGUCGCCUCCAGUCGCUGACGUGGUACCUUACCAGCGAGUCAAUCGGCUUCAAGCUCGAGAUCCCUUGGACAUCCAUUCGCAGUGCGUACUUCGACGGACCGUCCAACCCAUCGAUCGCCGAACGCGCUGAAGGAGUCCGUGUACCUCUUGGCCAUUUUGUCAUCGACCUCGAACGGCCGCCGACCUUUUUCAUGGAAGUCUUCCGCUCCGCACCCGUUACCGCCAAGAACGGCGUCUCUGAAGAACCCAAAGUCAGCUGGCGCCAGUGCGAAGAUUUCACCGAGGACCAUCAGGCUAUGACUGUCAGCAGACACGUGCUCAACGGGCCGUACGAGGAGCUUCGAAGUGCCGUGCUGGCUUUAGCUCAGUGCAACGAGGUCUUGCAGCACCUCAUCCAGUUUCACGACGAAUCUCAGCGCGCUACGGGGGCAAUCCCCACCGGUUCUGGAUCGACUGCGGACAACUUUGGGCUUGUCAACAACGUCGUUCGUGGCCCGGACCCGUUUGCUCUCCCACCACCGCCGUCCAUGGACGCAUGCACCGCACUCACAGGCGUCGAUGCAUACGGCAAUAGCCUGCAUAUGCCGAUGCAGCCGCACCCCAUCAACAUGUCUGCCUCAUCUUCGAGCUCUUCGAGCAUGACCAAAAGCGCGGCGUGGCACAGCUUCCGAACGCCCAUGCGCGGCGUCGAACAACCGUGGGAGUUCGAUAGCCCCGCGAGCGUCUCGACGAAUCUCUCGGAGGCUUCGCUCGACAGCAACCGGCACACGCUGGGAUACAGCCCAUACGGCGUGCCGACGUCGAUCGAGGCUAGCCCGCGGUCGGGUCUGGGCAGCUCGAUGGACCUCAACACGCUGCGCAUCGAUGCGGGUAGAAUUACCAGCCUUGGCACUGCCGUGGCUCCCGGUGCUAGCGGCCCGCACUUGCCGAUGAUGGGCGAUGGCGGAGGCGGCGAUCUGGAUAGCUCGCGAGCUUCUUUCGGUGGCUGGGAGGGUCGCUUGAGCUACGACACGCCCGCUGGUCACCAAGGAGGGGAACAGUACUCGCUUGCUCCGUCAAGUUUGAUGGAGACGGGUCAGAUGUCGAGCCACGCCAUGCAGAUGGCUAACGGCUUGAACAUGCAGUUGCACCGUGCGGAUGUCGAGCGCCAGGACUACGGGCACAGCGACGACCUUGAACAAGCUACCGAGCCUAAGGUCGAAGCAUCUCAGCUGCAUGAAAGUCGUGGUGGUAGCAUGUACGACUGCAAAGAUGCGUCGUCGAACGACCUCCUCGCUGAGGAUUCCAACUCGUUGCUCGUCUCAAGGCGCUUCUCCACCACCGAUGCCAGUCACGCCGACACUGCUGGCCAAGCUGACGAGCCCGACGUUAGCUCUCGAAGGGCGGAUUACAAAGUUGCUUUCUCGAACGCGCUCGGUCCGGUUUCGCUCACCCCCAGCGCGUCCAACAGCAGUGAUGGCGGUGGGGGCGAUGGGAGGAUGAUGGCGCUCGAAGAAGACGCCUUUUCGGGCAAGACUCCCACGCAUCGAACGUGUUUUAGCUCGGCGUUGCAGAUGAACCAGGUGAAUGGCGAAGUUCAUUCGGAAGCAUUGUCGCUCGGGGCACCUGCUAGCGGGAACGACGAGUCGGACGAGCAAGGCGCUGCACAGGGAAGAGCUCGGUCCAACACCUACCGGCCUUCGACGCACGGUGGUGCGAUUGUCGAGGGCCUGUCGUCUACCGUGCAGAUCUCGGAAGGCACCAGACAAGGUCAGAGUCCGAUCCUGGAUACGACCCUAGACAGUUGUAGCGACAGCAAGAGAAGCGGUAGUGCUGACGCCACCGGGAUCGCCGUUGAUGACUAUGUAGAACCUGCCGCCCAGCGCGAUGACAAGAGGCAAACCCGCGAUGAAGGCAAGACGUUUGAGGCUCUAGAAGGAUCGCCGGGACUGCUGUCGUUGGGAGAUGGUGGGGUGGAGCGGGAUGCCUCGCCGACAUCAGCCUCCUCGGCGGACUCGAACGAGAGGUCUGCUGAAGACGUGCACGAGUGA